UCUAAAAGAAAGAUCCAAUGAAAGAAAAAAGUUUGACAACGAACUGUGGGAAGGCGAAGAAGAUGUCAGCCUCCACAGCCGGGUGUCCGAAGAAGCCAUUGGAAAAGAUGGUUUCUUUGAGUCAUUUUCUUUGUUUCUUUCUCUUCUCCUUCUUUCUUCUACCACCAUUGGCCUCCUCUUCUACCUUCCUUUCAAACGAAAUAUUGGGGUCACGUGGAUCUAUUGGCCGUGGCCUCCUUCAGACCAAAAAACCAUGCACUGAAAACUUUGAGUCUAAGAACUAUACGGUGUUCACAAGCCAGUGCAAAGGACCCAGAUACAUGCCGAUGCCUUGUUGCAACGCUUUGAAGGAAUUUGCAUGCCCUUAUGCAGAUGCCAUUAAUGAUGUGACAAAUAAUUGCGCCGAGACCAUGUUCAGCUACAUCAACAUCUAUGGAGGUUACCCGCCGGGCCUGUUUGCCAACAUGUGCAGGGAAGGAAAGCUUGGUCUUAAUUGCACCAGUGUAGAGGAAGCCAUGGAGAAGAGUAGCAGAGGUCAUAUAGCUGCUACUCAGUCCAGUUUGCUAAUGAUCACUGCUGCUCUCUUGGUCUUAUUAUUCCAUUGGUUCUGAAGUGUGGAGAACCACUCUCUUUUUGCAUUUGUUGAUUUGUUCAUGUCCAA